AUGUCACACCUUCAGAAGCUGACCAUCAAGGGGGUGCGCAGCUUCGACCCGGACUCCCAGCAGGAGAUCACCUUCUUCCCGCUGACGCUCAUUCACGGCCCGAAUGGCAGCGGCAAGACGACCAUCAUCGAGGCGCUGAAGUACGCCACCACCGGGACGUUGCCCGACAACUGCAACUCGGGCCGCAGUUUCGUGCACGACGUCAAGUUCGCCGACAAGGCCACCAUCAAGGGGAAGGUCCGCCUGCAGUACACCGACGUGGACCAGCGGCCGACGGUGGUCUGCCGGCGAAUGCAGACCUCAUUUCGACAGCCGCGAAAUGGCCAACCGCAGACGGUCACCUUCACUCAGCUAAACUCUGUGAUCAAGCGACUGGACGAGGGCGGCGGCCGCCAUCCGCAUCGGUACGCAAUUCACAAUGCCAACAAUGUCAACAAAAACACUCCCGAGAAUGCUAAGGCGGCGGCGGCCACCACCACAACGCCGUCGCUCUCUUCACCGUUAACACCAUCGACACCGUCACCUUCACCUUCUUUACCAUCAUUACCACCGCCUCCAUCAUCAUCAUCAUCAGCAGCAGCAGCAACAGCAGCGAAAGCCAAUGCUUCAACACCCACAAACGCCAACGCCACCAACGCCCCCGGCGACAUAAACAACGAGGUGCUCGCCUCGCUGGGCGUCAACCGGGCCCUUCUCAACUCGGUCAUCUUCUGCCACCAGGAGGACACCAACUGGCCGCUGGCGGAGGGGAAGGUGCUGCGGGAGCGGCUGAACGGCGUCUUCGGCACCGACGGCUACCUGGAGCGGCUGGAGCAGAUUCGGCAGGCACGGGACCGCGAGACGAAGGCCUACUACGUCCUGGAGCGGGAGGUGCAGCACGUUGUGCUGGCGAAGCGCAAGGAGGCCAUCAAGCGGAAGGAGCUCAGUGAUGAGCAGGCGCGAACGGAUCAGGAGAAGCGCCGUGUGGCGGAGCUGGAGGCGGAGGCCAAGACCCUGCAAGACCGCCUGGACAGCCUGACGGUGAAGGAGGCGCGCGUCGAGUCGGCCAGCAACGCCAUCCUCGAGAUUCGCCGCUCGCUGGAGGACAUGCACAACAUGGCACGGGCCAUCGAGGGCACCUGCAAUCCGGCCAUCCUCGCGAAGAGCAACGACCAGGUCAACGAGGAGCUGGAGCACUUUGACGAGAACGCCCUGCAGAUGCUCGCCCGAAAGCGCGAACUGGAGGCGAAGCUGGAGAAGCUGGAGGCGGAGCACUCGCGACUGGUCUACGACCGCCAGCGGAUCAGCCUGGAGCGGGCAAAGGCUAAUGAGUGCGCCAAUACGAUCUUCAAGCUCUUUGCCGACCGAAACGCCCUCAUCGCCACCUCCAUCAAGUGCAACUCGCCGGAGUUUCACAGCAUACUGGCCAAGUGCAAUAGCAACAACAACAACAACAAUGUGGGAGGAGCUAGUCCCUCCUGCGCCCUCAACAACAACCAUAACAACAACAAUGGCGGCGGCGUCAGUCUCAUUUCGAACCUGAACGCCAACAAGCUGAACAAUGCCGAGCGCAACUACGUGCUCCUUCAGUUUGACGCCCAGCUGGACCAGCUGUCGGCGCUGGCCAAUGAGAAGCGGUCGGGCAUGCAGAUUCAGGAGUACAAGCUGAUGCAGGAGCUCGACUCGCUGAAGAACCUGAAGAGCAACGCCUCCCACGAGAAGGCCAUCUGGCAGAUUCAGCUGCAGAAGGCGGAGCGGGAGCAGUCACAGCCCACACAGCAGCCAACACAACCACGGCCUCCUUCACAGCAAUCCGCACCACAGUCCGCACCACGCCCUCCACCACGUGAACGUGAACAUCGUCCACCCGCCAAAUGUGAACAACAACAACAACAACAACAGCAUCACCAGCAAUAA